CCAAAACAACCAAAAUAAUGCACGUCUGAUUGAUUCCUCCUUUCCUACCUAGCUUCCCAGCAACGGGGCCGCUGGGCUUUUCGCUCGUACCAAGAUGGCCGUCUCUUUACUCGAAAAACCGCCCGGUUGCGAAUGGGAGCAUUCUGAGGGCUCUGCGGUUACGGCAACAUUUCCGCCGACGCCAUCUUCGACACCGAAACCCGAGGUCGCUCUGCCAGCAUCGACCCAUCAUCAACCGGAGUCACCGUUUCCAUCGUCCGAGGCCCCAGGCUCACAGCAACCACAUCUCGCUCCUCCUCUUCACACUGCUCCCCCAGCGCCCCAGCCUGGGUCAAUCCAAGCCAUUAUCCGUGAGCAAUGCCGCUCUCGCCUGUACGUCCCGCCCAUUGUCUGGACGUCGAAACAACCACGGCUUUUAGGGUGUCGGUUUGCCUUCAAGAGGAUGCAUACAACUAGACAGGGGCAGCGCGAUGCAGAGAAGGAGAGCGCAACUCAGCAGCAAACCCAGCAGUACCAAGACCGGAUAUUGGCCGCGGCUGGGCUACGGGGGCCGGCGAUAGCGUCGUGGUGGAAGCUGGCUAUCAAGGACUUCCUUGGAGCUUGCAAUAUCCACCCGCUUGGAUCCCAUUCAACCCUACCCUUCCGUUACGGCGGACAUGUUGUUGCCAAGGUCAAAACCGAGGGCAUUUUCUCCGCUGGCUCAACAGCUCCCUUUCUCGCCUACCUCAACCUUGAGACAAUAGAUGCACUCCGCGAGAAACAUGUUUGCUGUCGAGUCGGCCGGCGACACAGUGUCCCUGUUGCGACCCUCAGACAGAAGAAGCUGCGCUCCCUCCAGCCCCGACCCAAAGCAGCAGACCCGUACAUUGUGGCUGCUCUAAUUGCCCUGGCUCAAGAGCAGCAAUUGCGGAGUCAUCAGACAGCGGGCGGGCGUGCAGUGGAUGCGCAGGCCCAAUCUGCCAGUUCUAAAGAAACAGAGGCGUCCUCGCAUGAGGCCGCUUUCUUCAACGUUCAAGUACUGGCCGUCCCCGGUGCAAGAGCCCAGGUUCUCCACGUAUACAAGGCUUCCAUUCCCUCAGGAUUUCUCGACAAUCUUCAGAAGCCCUCGCUGUUUUCGCCAUGUUCUCCGAUCCUAGUUUCGUGUUGGCUCGUUUCUCUGACCGAACCAGAAGAGGUGGUGGAGCAAAUAAGUUCCCUGCUCCGAGUGCCCGCUGAUGCGCGAGGUCAGGGUCCAAGACCCGGCAGGAUGGUCGCUUAUUACCGACGCAUGCACGACAGUAACCGUGCUGGAUAGGUUGACAUCAACUCAGAACCGAGAACAAUGAAUCACCUCAGAUACUUGUACAAAAAGCCUGUCAGGUUAUCACACGACCAUACCGUUGCCUGCCUCAUGGUCAGUGCUGGUGACUGAUCAUCAUGUUAUAGAAGAUAGUGGCGUUUCCAUGUGUAGCAAAAUAUGUCUCCAGGCGCAAGACCGCCAACUCUUUAAUUGUCAAUAUUAAGCAAGCUAGAC